AUGAACAUCAACCAUAUUAAGAAUGAAAACAUGUCAAAUACCAUGGUCUCGACAUUGAACCCGAUGUCACCAAACAAUAACGUUAUGCAAAGUCCAUACUAUUCAUUACCAAAAAUAACGCCUUCAUUAAUUUACAAUAACAACAAUAGUAGCAAUAAUGCCACUGCAAAUAAUAACGCUAGUUUAAAUCCAAAGUCAUUUUCGCGCAAUGAGGCAUACCAAGUCCAUGCUCAUCCUUCUCAACAGCAACAGCAACAGCAGCAACAUAGUAUGUCCAUCACGCCGCCACCUCAAAAUCAAUUGCAACCAAAUCAACAUCCCCAUAUGCAAGAAAAGUUGGCUUACAUGCAGCAACCAAAUACAUACCAACAAAUGGCGCUUCCUUCAUUUUACAAAACUACAAAUUACACACAAUCUCAACCACCACCGCCACCACAACAAAUACAGACACAACAAAUACAGACACAACAAAUACAAGCACAACAGCCACAGAGUCAACUACAACACACACAAGCACAACCUUUAUCUAUGGUUUCUCCAGGACAACCUUUAAUGCAACAGAACAAACCAGUGGUAUCGACAACGCCCAUGUACAACAUGCAAACUAUUUCUCGCUCAACCACCCCAGUUUCUCUUUCUUCAAAGUUUAAUGGUGGUGAGAUAAUUAAUGAAAAUGGUCAUUUAAUAGGAAAAUCGGGGAAACCAUUGCGCAAUACUAAAAGAGCUGCUCAAAAUAGAAACGCACAAAAGGCUUUUAGGCAAAGAAAAGAAAAAUAUAUUAAGAAAUUAGAAUUUAAAGCUAAAAAUUUCGAUCAAUUGGCAUUGGAAAAUGAAUCACUAAAACUAGAGGUGGUCAAAUUACAAGAAAUAAUAAAAAAGUUGCAAGAAGCUAUCUCAAAUCGCUAA